GAGCUCGAUGUCAAGUUUUUUCGUCGGCUGCAAAACAAGAUAAAAACAUUUCUGCGAGUCGUGUGUCUUUUCCUACGACAAAUUCUUUCAUUACGGUGCAGUUAUUCACGUGAAAGCAAAGUGUGUGUAGAUUGCGGAUUGUUUCUUGCGGCAGACAUACAGUGGUUUCUUGUCAUCGUCCAACCGAACACAGACGAUAUUCUGUAGUGUGGAUCGCUUUCGAAAACAGCAAAGAUGACCAUCAUCGCAAAAUCAGCCACCAAAAAGGCGGAAAAGACUAUCCUUCCGCUGGUUCUCCCGCGCUCCGAUGCCGCCCCUAGUGCACCAAUCGACGACGGUACUAACUCGGUGGCAUCUAACAUUACGCUGCUGCGUCGUAGCCGUCAGUUGAAGCCGGCAACCGCUGCUAUUCUGCUGCUGGUAGCGCUGCUUGGCUUCUCGAUCGGUACGAUUGGCGGGCUGUUUUACUAUCGUCAGUACGCUCAGGCACGCAAUCACAUGCGUUAUCACGGUUUCUGCAAGAUCCCGUACGAUGCGAGCAACUUUGAGCCGCUGUAUCGCUCGAUGAACGUCGAUCGUGACAUGGAGAUUCUGCGCCAGUUCAACAUAUACCAGAUGCCGAAGAGCCUGAACCCGCAAGGAUCCACCAGUGACGACAGCCAAUCGAUGGAGAAUGGCAAUGGAAACGAUGGUGGCAACACGGCCGACGAUUUCUUCCGCGAAGAGUUUGAGCUGGGUCUGUCGGACGAGGAGAACUACUCCAAAAUCGAUGUACCGCUGUUCCGCGGCCAGCGUCCGGCUCGAUUCUUGCACGACUUCACCUUCAACCAGUCCGGCAUCAUCGACAGUGCUGCGCGUCGUUGCUUCAUUAUGCCAUUGGAUCGCGAGACCGUGUUGCCACCUCAGUCGCUCCAUGAUCUGAUCCAAAAGAUGCAGCACGGUUACUAUAACAUCGACACGAGCGUGCUCAAGAAGACAAUGCGCGUCGUCCUGCCGGAACUGACCGAUUUCACCGAUGUUUCGCCUCGCAUCACGAAGGAGUGCGUCGACAUGAAGAUCUACGAGCUGGAGAAGAUCAUCAGCGGUGUCUAUAAGCGUUCCACCGACAUUCAGGAGCGUGCCAAGUUCGCCGAGUUUGGUGGAAACCACAUUUCGCUGAUCGACAUCGCGAACCUGGACGAGCUGAACGAAAAUUAGGAGCGUGCGCAGGAGAAAGUCAGGAUACGUGUGCGCUGAGUUAGGUGGAUAAGGCAGUGGUGGACAGAGAGGUGCUGAAUGGGGUGCGGACGUCGAUGUUCCUACAGGGAGGGAAACGAAGUGGUGUUUUGGUUUUAACAUGCAAGUGUUUCGUGCAAGUAUUGAACAACCGCCGAUUGGAAUGGGAGAGGGUUCUAUUUUCGAAUGUACCCUUGGGAACGCGAUGAGCUGUGGAUGUGUUUUAAACGAGACACCCCCGAGCUGCAGCAUGUUGAAUGCCCAAGAAUAAUUACGAUUAUAUACAUACAUAAAUAUAUAUUAUCCCUUUGAUAUGAUCCCGUUUCUCCCUUUACACCUUAUAAAUGUUUGUGGAUGGUUCUUGCCCGUUUUAACGUCCCGUGAUUGUAGCCGUUUUGCGUUUGGCACGUAUUUUUUCUCCUUCAUAUUCUUUAUCUGGCCGUGCGUUAUUAGCGACGUCACUGUUGCUAGUUUUUAUAUGUUUUGUUAAAGCUUCCCUUUCUACCAUUUCGCUAGGGACUGAAUACGGUGCGUUAAGCAGGCUCUCAGUUAUGAUUAACCGGUGUAAAUGCAGUUACGAAGCAUGCCAAGUAGGUCACAAAACCCUUUUCGGGGGCACACAAAAGGUCCGUUCUGUUACACUUCGCUCCCUGCACCUUCACUUACACGUAGUCCGGUGUGCAAUUUUAUGCAAUUAUUAUAUACCCAUGCGCAAAAUGUGAUGAUUCAGAAGAGUUAGUUUUCCCUGUUUCCCCGUUGAUCUCCACAAGUUCGAAGAUGCUUUAGCUAGCUUAGUAUUACGAGACGCCCGAGUUAACUCUGCAGUCAACAGCAACAGCAGCAGCAGCAGCAGCACAUACAUUCCUGACGUACCACCAAACCCCAAAACCCCCGGCAGAAGCCGUAAUCUAUAUUUGUUGGACACCGCAAGCAACAGAGCUGAGUCCGUCAUGUGGCAAAAAAAAAACAGAAAGAGAAGUAAAACAAAACAGUAACAUUUCUUAACAUCCUUUAACAACCCUUUUAGAAACUACA